AUGGCUAUCUGUUCUUGGAACAUUAGAGGCCUAAAUGAGCCUCUUAAGGCAAGAAGAACUAAAAGCUCAAAAGAUUCCAUUCUUGUAUGGAUGGUAAUUUCAGUCCGCCACAAUGAAUCAGAUGAGUUAAUAUGGAACUUUAGUAUGGAUGGUAAUUUCUCAGUUCGCUCCUUCUAUGAAGAACUUCACAAGCGCUCGAAGCCCUGUCUAGAAAAUCUCCCUCAAAAGAUAUGGAAAGGACUUGUUCCCUUCCGAAUAGAAAUCUUCACUUGGUUAUCAGUGCUAGAGAGAAUCAAUACUAAGAAGAAACUAGCUUCUCUGAACAUUAUCCCACCCUCUGAGGUGGGUUGCUCAUUAUGUAGUUUGGAGCCUGAGGAUAUUUCGCACCUCUUUUUGUUUUGCCCCUUCUCAAUGGAGAUUUGGGCUUGGUGGUGGGAUCUUUGGAACCUAUCUUGGGUAUGGCCAAAAUCUCUAAAUCUUGCCCUCUCUCAAUGGAAUUACCCAAGGAAGGAAAAAUUAUUCAAAAAAAUCUGGCUGGCAGCAUUCAUUGUGAUUAUCUGGUCAAUCUGGAGAGAACGCAAUGAGAGAAUUUUCAAUAAGAAAGAAUCAUCAGUUUCAGAAAUCAAAAACCUCAUUCUUGUCCGUUUAUGUUGGUGGAUGAAGCCAUGGAACCUCUCCUUCCCGUACACAAUUGAAGAAGUCAUCAGAAUCCCACAAUGUCUUUUAUGGGGUAGCGCUGUGCCUCGAAGAAGUAAAACCUCCCAUCUCCCCCCUCUUAUUCAGCUCAGAUCUAACCCCCCUGACCCUUGUCUCAAGUGGAUGGUGGGUUUCACCCCGUUCUCGCCAAAAGAAGGAGCUAGAGCAGGAGGCAUUUAUGGAGGCUUCCUCAGACAUGAAUUGGGUGUGGUCUUAUGCUCCUUCUCAUGCCCUUUUCCGCCAAUGGGUAUUAAUGAAGUUGCAGUGAUUGCAAUUCACCGAGCUCUGCAAAUCUCUCUCAGCGUGCAAAAUCUAAAAGACCGAGAAAUCUCAAUUUUCUCUGAAUCCAGCCAAGCUAUCAGUUGGUGCCUCAAUCUCUCAUCUGGUCCGACUAAUCUCUCCUUCUUGUUGAACUUCAUCAGAUCUACAUGCAAAAAGCUCCCUCUUCUGAAGUUUGAUUAUCUCUCAAGCUGCUCAAGUCAAGUAAAACAGAAUGCAAUUGGAGAAAUCUAUGUUUUCUCAGAUGUAGUUAGAUGGAAGAAGUCUCCCAUUUAAUAUUGAUCCGACCCCCUCCCAUGGUAUGAUGUAAGUGGCAGACGAAAUUACCCUUUUAAAAGGAUUGUGAAAUAAAAUGAUCAAAAAAAAAAAAAGAUUCCAUUCUUGUUGCUGGUAGCAAGGAAAGCCUUGAUUGAAGCACCUUUUCAUUCUUCUCCUUUUCAGUUGUUGUAGGGGAUGAAGCGUGAGAAGGCCCGAAUCUCUCAACUAUUAAAAAUAGAGACG